AUGUCGCUGCUAAACCAACUCUUCAACCGCGGGGUCUUUGGCGCCAGAUGCAAAACAUGCUUGAACUUGGCGAUUGCUCGGAUGAAAUUGCUGCAAAACAAGAGAGAUAUGCAGCUCAAACAUAUGAAGAAAGAGAUAGCUCACUUCUUACAAGCUGGACAGGAACCAAUCGCUCGAAUCAGGGUGGAGCAUGUGAUCAGAGAAAUGAAUUUAUGGGCAGCUUAUGAGAUAUUAGAGCUAUUCUGCGAGUUUGUACUUGCCCGUGUCCCAAUUCUUGAAAGUCAAAAGGAAUGCCCUAGAGAGUUGAGAGAGGCUAUUGCUAGCAUCAUCUUUGCUGCUCCAAGGUGCUCUGAACUGCCUGAUCUUAUUCAGAUUAAGAAUCUGUUUGGUACAAAAUAUGGAAAAGAAUUUAUCAUGGUUUCUUCUGAGCUCCGUCCGGAUUCUGGUGUCAAUCGUACCAUCAUUGAAAAACUUUCACCUGCCAGUCCAUCGGGAGAGGCAAGGCUUAAGAUUUUGAAGGAAAUUGCAAAGGAGUACAAUGUAAAUUGGGAUUCUUCUGCCACCGAAGCAGAGUUCAUGAAGAGCCAUGAAGACCUCCUGAGUGGAGCUAAGCAAAUACGUCUUCAAGAUGGUCUCUCUGAAUCUCGACCAUCCCAACAAGGCUACACUCAGUCUUYGGUUACUAGGGAAACUGAAGUUCUGCCUGCAGAGGCCACACAGAGACUCCAGAAGCUUCAAGCUCAAAACCCAGUGAGCAAAAGCAUUCCAUCAUCUAAGCUGACUUCACCUUCUCAAACGCCUCCUGAUACUAGAAGAGAUCAGACUGACGUAAUGGAGAGAGCUCGGGCUGCUCUAGCUAGCGCCGAUCGUGCAACAGCAGCUGCUCGUGCUGCAGCCCAACUAGUGAAUGUCUCUUAUGGGGCUGUUGUGCCCACAGUAGCAGCAGCAGAAGGGAAGUCCUUGAAUUUGAUGUAG